AUGGGAAAGAUGCUGCUCUGGUCUGGUCUGGUCUUGCUGCUGCAGCUGCAGCUUGGUGCAACCUUCAAGCUCGUGUGUUAUUUUACUAACUGGUCCCAGUACCGACCAGACCCUGCCAAGUAUAUGCCCGAGAAUGUGGACCCAUGUAUGUGCACCCACCUCAUCUACGCCUUUGCCACCAUGAGCAACAACAAGAUUGCCCCCUAUGAGUGGAAUGAUGACGUUCUCUACCCAAGAUUCCAGGCCUUGAAACAGCACAACGAGAACCUGGUCACGCUCCUGGCUAUUGGUGGGUGGAACUUUGGCACUCAGAAGUUCACCACCAUGGUGGCCACAGCUGGCAACCGUAAGAUCUUCAUUGACUCUGUGAUUGAAUAUCUCCGGCAGUAUGGUUUUGAUGGAAUUGACCUGGACUUUGAGUACCCAGGAUCCCGGGGCAGUCCUCCUGAGGAUAAGCAGCGCUUCACUAUUCUGAUUGAGGAAAUGUUAGCAGCUUUUGAGGCUGAAGCCCAAGCCACAAACAGACCCCGACUGCUUAUCUCAGCAGCUGUGUCUGCUGGCAAAGGGACCAUUGAUGCUGGCUACGAGAUUGCCAAGAUUGGAGCACUCCUGGACUUCAUCAGUGUGAUGACCUAUGACUUCCAUGGCGGCUGGGACACAGUCACAGGACAUAACAGCCCCCUGUAUCAGGGCUCUACUGACCACGGUGACUUUAUCUACUUCAACAGUGCAUUUGCCAUGAAAUACUGGAGAGACAAUGGGGUCCCUGCAGAAAAACUCAUCAUGGGGUUCCCCACCUAUGGACGUACCAUGAGGCUCACUUCCUCUGAUGUGUCUGUGGGGGCCCCAGCCUCAGGAGCAGGCUCUGUGGGGCCCUAUACCCGGGAAGCUGGAUUCUGGGCCUAUUAUGAGAUCUGCACCUUCUUACCUGAAGCGACCACAGCAUGGAUUGAAGACCAGAAGGUUCCUUAUGCUUACAAGGGAAAUGAGUGGGUUGGAUAUGACAACAUUGAGAGCUAUAAGCACAAGGUAGAAUUUCUGAAAGAAAAUGGGUUUGGUGGUGCCAUGGUUUGGGCCCUGGACCUUGAUGAUUUCUUGGGUACUUUUUGUGGUGAGGGAUCCUAUCCCCUCCUCUCCAACCUCAAGUCUCUGCUUGGGCUAGAAACACCAGGCUGUGUUACGCCAGACCCUCCUAAGCCAACACCGCCCAGUACCUUCUGUGAGGGCAAAGCUGAUGGAAUCUAUGCUGAUCCAGAUGAUCCAUCUAGGUUUUUUGAGUGUGCCCAUGGUAAUACGGUGGCCAAAAGAUGUGCCGAUGGCCUUGUAUUUAAUGAGAGCUGCAAAUGCUGCGAUUGGCCUUGA